UGGCCUUUUCAUCAUCAGUAUCGUUGUUCAGCGGAGCUGCUGCUGAUCUUCGCCAUAUCGUUUCCAGCACAGAGGCUGGAGCAGCUCAGGAGCUUCUCAGGUCAGUCAGUCUCUCUACGAGGCGGUAGACGCAGUGCAGAGCGAUGAAGUAGCUUGAUGAGUGUCCAAAGUAACAGUGGAAGUGGUGGAAGUUUGGAGGGGACGCCAUCUUGGUCCCAGCUCUCCACGUCCCCAACACCGGGGUUGCUUUCUCAGCAAUACAGCGAGCCACUCUUUAAGGCCAAGGAAGGUGCUAUGGAGGAGCUGCACAGUCUGGACCCGCGCCGGCAGGAGCUCCUAGAGGCGCGCUUCAUGGGAGGAGUCAGUGGCAGUACAGGGGGCAGUACUGGCAGCACUAGUGGAGGAACCAAAGGCUUAACAAACAACGAAUGUUCGAAUCAUAGCUUUGGCAGCCUAGGGUCUUCCAGUGAUAAAGAGUCAGAGGGCUCUGAUGUGAAAAGAGGCAGUUCUCCUGCAUAUUCAACCCCUGAAAAGAAGCACUCUGAAUCAUCCAGAGGAAGAAAGAGAAAAGCUGAGAUUCAGUCAGAGAGUAGCCAAGGGAAGUCUAUCGUUCGGGGAACCAAAAUUAGUGACUAUUUUGAUAUACAGGGUGGUAAUGGGUCCAGUCCUGUUCGCGGCUUACCACCAGUCAUUCGCUCUCCCCAGAACUCACAUUCCCACUCUGCACCAGCAUCUAGUGUUAGGCAAAACAGCUCAUCACCCACCAGUCUAUCUUUUGGGGACCACAUGAUGCACCCUAAGCAGUUUGCUGUAAAGAGUAUCCAGACUGAUCUAACUGUGCUAAAGCUGGCUGCCUUGGAGAGCAAUAAGAACCUGGACCUGGAGAAGAAAGAAGGGAGGAUAGAUGACUUGUUACGGGCAAACUGUGAUCUCAGGAGACAAAUAGAUGAACAACAGAAACUACUUGAAAAGUACAAGGAGCGCUUAAACAAGUGCAUCACUAUGAGCAAGAAACUUCUCAUUGAAAAGAGCACCCAGGAGAAGCAGGCGUGCCGGGAGAAGAGCAUGCAGGACCGGUUGCGCUUGGGACACUUCACCACUGUAAGACACGGAGCCUCCUUUACUGAGCAGUGGACAGAUGGAUAUGCUUUCCAGAACCUUGUCAAGCAGCAGGAGUCUAUAAACCAGCAGAGGGAGGACAUAGAGAGACAAAGGAAGCUGUUAGCCAAGAGGAAACCCCCUUCAGCCAGUAACUCUCAAACCCCUAAUGCCAACUCAGAGCCAAAGCAGCGCAAAACCAAGGCCGUCAAUGGGGCAGAGAAUGACCCCUUCCUUAAACCCAGCCUACCUCAGCUAUUAACUUUAGCUGAGUAUCACGAGCAGGAGGAAAUUUUCAAGCUCCGUCUUGGCCAUCUCAAGAAGGAGGAGGCUGAGAUCCAGGCCGAGUUGGAACGCUUGGAGAGAGUGCGGAACCUUCACAUCCGUGAGCUGAAGAGAAUAAACAACGAGGACAGCUCUCAGUUCAAAGACCACCCAACUCUAAAUGAGCGCUACCUGCUGUUACACUUACUCGGAAGAGGAGGAUUCAGUGAAGUUUACAAGGCUUUUGACCUUAUUGAACAACGGUAUGCAGCUGUGAAAAUCCAUCAACUCAACAAAAACUGGAGAGAGGAGAAGAAAGAGAACUAUCACAAACAUGCCUGUAGAGAGUACAGAAUACACAAGCAGCUGGAUCAUCCACGAAUAGUCAAGCUUUAUGACUAUUUCUCACUGGACACGGACACGUUUUGUACGGUUCUGGAAUACUGUGAAGGCAACGAUUUGGAUUUCUACUUGAAACAGCACAAGCUGAUGUCUGAGAAAGAGGCUCGUUCAAUUGUUAUGCAGAUUGUUAAUGCACUAAGAUACCUGAAUGAGAUCAAGCCUCCUAUAAUACACUACGACCUUAAACCAGGGAAUAUAUUGCUAGUGGAUGGAACAGCAUGUGGAGAAAUAAAGAUCACAGACUUUGGUUUAUCUAAAAUCAUGGACGAUGACAAUUACGGAGUGGACGGAAUGGACUUGACAUCGCAAGGAGCUGGAACUUACUGGUACUUGCCUCCUGAGUGUUUUGUUGUGGGUAAGGAACCUCCAAAGAUAUCCAACAAGGUGGAUGUCUGGUCUGUGGGAGUCAUCUUUUUCCAGUGCCUCUAUGGACGGAAGCCAUUUGGCCAUAACCAGUCACAGCAGGAUAUCCUGCAGGAAAACACUAUUCUCAAAGCCACUGAGGUUCAGUUCCCUGUCAAGCCUGUGGCAAGCAAUGAGGCAAAGGCAUUUAUCCGGCGGUGUCUUGCCUACAGAAAGGAAGAUCGCUUUGAUGUACAUCAGUUGGGAAGCGACUCUUAUCUGCUGCCCCACAUGAGACGCUCUAGUUCCUCGGGCAACCUGGCUUCAAGCCCCGCCUCCUCCAGUGUCAUCUCCUACUGACAACCUUCACUGGCUCCCUGACUGAAAGCACUGCUGGCAAAUCCCUGCUCUCCCUACUGCAGGAGCCAGGCAGAGGCCGAGCAAGCAGGGGAAAAGAACACUUGACUCCUCAGGUUGUGGAUAUUGGGGAUUAUGAUGGUUGCGUUUGGUUUUGGGCAGCACCAAGUGUGGAGUUUGUGACCAAGUGAAGUGUAAAGGAAAAGACGGGGCAUGGUGCAAGAAUGAACAGAGCGUUACGUAAAUGUAUUUGAAGUAUAAUGGCCUUUUGAAGAUUCUAUAGAGCACUGCUACUAAGUACCUUGAAAUGUGAUCAAUAUUUUUUUUUUUUGUGGCAGUUGUUUUGAAGGGAUAGGUGAAGACCUGGCAACCCACUGUAUGGAAAAUUUCAUGAGGUCGCUGCCAGGCUGCCUUGACAAAAUGUCUUGUUCGUCAGGCAUUUGCUAAAGAAACCUACAUUCAUUGUCACUGUAGGUUUCUAAGGAUUUCACAUCUGUUCUGCGGUAAUGUUUUGGAUUUUAGAGGAAAGUGUUAGCUCUUUUCUUUGUACAAUUAGCUAUGAGAAUGUAAUUAUAGCAUACAUUGUGACAUGUAGUGUCACAACAGGGCCAGGCAGCGUACUAAUGUUGAAUGCACAAAAUAACCAAAUGUAGACAAACGACAAUGUACAGAAUCCUAUGCAGGAUAAAAAAAUUAAAUAAAGAAUCCCUUCUAGAGAGUUAAUGUAUAUUUGCUGUACAGGACCUUAAUUUCAGAUAUUAAAGUUCAGCAGAUUCAUUCUGUAUAAAAGUUUAACCAUUUUUUGCCCUUUUUCCUUGUAAAUUUGGUUUCCUGGAGUGUUUGCUGCUUUGUUGCUUUUUAAGAAAAAAAAGGAAAAAAAGAAAAAAAUGGCUGUAUGAACUACUUUGGGUACAAAUUGUACAGUUCUGUUAAAAGAAUAAAUAAAAAUAAACGCCAGGAAAUUA